UGGCGGCGGCCGCGCCGAAGGCUCAGGAUGCGGCCGUGGGGCGCGCUGCUCGCCUUGCUCGCCUGCUCGCUGCUGCUGCUGCUGCUGCUGCUGCUGUGGGGCUCAGCCGACACGCCCGCCCGCUCCAGGCUCCUGGUGGAGGAAACCAGAGAGAUCACCCACGGCACCCCUGUGGCGCUGAGGACUCUCCGGAGCCCUGCGACCCACCUUCCGCGCACCACGAACAGCACAUAUUUGAAUGAGAAAUCAGUCCAACUGAUAGAAAAAUGCAAAAAUCUGCAAGAUGGCUUUGAGACUUUAUUUAACACAACAAAAAUGUAUUCAGAGAAUGACUAUCUUCAGAUUAUCACAAAUAUACAGAGCUGUCCAUGGAAACAACAAGCAGAAGAAUAUGAACUUUUUAGAGCAAAACUUGCUUCCUGUUGUGAUGCUGUUCAAAACUUCAUUGUUUCUCAAAAUAACACUCCAGUUGGAACUAACAUGACUUAUGAGGUGGAAAGUAAAUACAAACUCCUAAUUAGACAGAGCUUUUUUAAUAUGUUUCCAGUGUCACAGCCUUUUAUUGAUUACCCUUACAAUCAGUGUGCCGUGGUUGGAAAUGGGGGGAUUCUGAAUAAGUCUCUCUGUGGAGCUGAAAUCGACAAGUCCGACUUUGUAUUUAGGUGCAAUCUCCCUCCAACCACAGGCAGUGUUAGUAAAGAUGUUGGCAGUAAAACUAAUCUUGUGACAAUAAAUCCCAGUAUCAUAAGGCUAAAAUAUGGAAACUUAAAGGAAAAAAGAUCAGUAUUUCUGGAGGACAUUGCAACCUAUGGAGAUGCCUUCUUUCUUCUGCCAGCAUUUUCCUUCAGAGCCAACACUGGUCCCUCUUUUAGAGUAUAUGAAACACUGAAGUUGCUUAAAGCAAGGCCAAAGGUUUUAUUUUUCCACCCCAAAUACCUGAAGAAUCUUGCUCUUUUCUGGAGAACUAAAGGUGUGACAGAAUAUCGCCUGUCCUCUGGCCUGAUGAUCACAAGUGUGGCAGUUGAACUAUGCGAACAUGUGAAGCUGUAUGGUUUUUGGCCAUUCUCUAAAACAAUAGAAGACACACCUAUCAGCCAUCACUACUAUGACAACCAUUUACCAAAACGUGGUUUCCAUGAAAUGCCCAAAGAAUAUGGCCAGAUUCUCCAACUUCACCUGAAAGGCAUCCUCAAGCUACAAUUUAGCAAAUGUGAAAUAUCCUAAGAAUGGUGUCUUAAGAUGAGAAUAAUUUUAAUGUAAUGCAAUAUGGGAAUCACAUGGUUUUUAAGCAGGAAGUAGGUCAUCAUAGGGUGUAGUAAAAAGAACCCUAAAUUUGGUUUGAUCAAAACUC